AUGGGAAGCAAUGAGUUAAGCAUGAGGAUUCAGAACUUAUUUGUUGAAGGGAAUGUGUUUGACAUUGGUGGAAGCUCUACAUCUGUUGGCAGAAUUUGGUGUUCAUAUCCCCUAGUUUCUACCAAUGGCAUUUGCAUUUCUGUUGCAGAAUCAAAAGGUCAUGGUAAUGGACGGCGUAAGAAAGGUAAGAGAGGACCUAAUAAUCUUCCCGCAGGUCAAUAUACAACACCAACACCACCACUUGUUACCACAACUCUUCAACCAGCUACUACAAAUAUUCUUCCUCUUCCAAGGGAAACUAUUUCACUACCAAAUGCAUUUUUCAUGCCCCCACCGCCCCACCUGUUCCAUCACUCUUCUCUCUAUAAUAGUCUGCAUAGUAGCUCUUCAUCUGUACCUUCAACAUCAUCCACACCCAGCCUUUCUGGAUUGAGAAUUGGAGGUCCUAGCAUAUCAACAUCGCCAUCCAUUAAUAGUGUUACAACGUCUAAUGCUAUAGCAUCUGCUUCCCAAAUUCUGAAAUUUAAAGAGGUAGUAGAAUAUGACGGCAAUGGGAGGCUAAUUAUCACCCCUGAUGGUAAUGGGUUCAUUGCCGCAUAUAGCGACGGACAUAUGGUUAUAGAAGUAAUUAAACUAUUUUACACGGAACCAUUGGGUAGUUGGAACGAGAUUCGAUUCGACGUCAGAAUUCUUAUGUGGAACCAGUUUAUGGCAAAGUGUGCAUGGAAUUCUUGUCAUGAAAAUGAAAUACAAUGCAUUUUCAAGUUGAAAGCAGCACUACGGAUCAAAGAACACUUGUAUGAGGCCCAAAGGAAUUUGGAAAAACCUGGUUGGCUGAGUGCUGAUGUGUGGGUCCAGUUCUUGGAAAAGUGGGAUACUCCUAAAUAUAGGGCAGGGAGGGAACGAGCAAAGGCAAAUAGGGCAUCUCAAACUGGUGGCUCGUUGCACACUGGAGGUUCGAUAAGUUUCGCUAUGCACCGACGAAGACUAGAAUAUGAAAAUGGGGGAAAACCCCCCCUUUUCUUGAGGUCUACGAAGAGACGCAUAGGAAGAAAAACAAGGACGGAAGAGUUUCAAAAAAGCAUAGAAGAGUGGCGUCAAACCCAACCUACUUCAGAGGAUGGUACCAUGGUCCAACCAUUACCUGCAGAUAUGACUAAUAUGUGGACAGCUAUGGUAGGUGGUCCAAAGAAAGGUAGAACAUACGGGACAGGGGUUCUCCAAUCCUCGAGUAGUCCUUCGAUGUUUCCCAGUUCCUAUUCUACUUUGCAAACUGUGGAAGAAAUGGAAGCAAUGAAAAAGCAAAUUAUGAAAUUAACGCAGAAAUAUGCAGCUAACGAUGCUAAGUUUGCUAAAUUUGAGGAGUUGGUUAAGAAGCACAUGCCGCAAGUAUUUCAUGAUAAGGAAGAUAGUGAAUCUGUUGAUAGUUAG